ACUGUGGCCAGCCGGCAUCCACCCGCCAAGGAAGAACACACACGCAGACAUGUCCUCCUACUCUUCGUUCUCCCUCUCGACCUCGGCGGGGUCGGCGCCCCCCUCAACAGGCGCGUCGGCCUCGGCAUCCCCCCUGCUAGCGGACACCCCCUCGCCAUCAUCCUCGCUGCCGCGGUACCGGAGCCUCUCGCGACAGGAGAUGACCCGUCAGCAUGAGGAGUUUCUUCGGAAUCGAGCCGACCCACCGGCAGCCAACACCUCGGGCGACACUACAGCCCCCCGGCGAUCGCUGUCUGUGGCACCCGUCGAGCCAGUGGAGCCGCAGCCAUUCGCCCCGCGUCCGGCGCCGAUCGCUUCACGUCCGGGGCCAGCUGCCGCCGGCCCGAGCGUGUCGGCCUCGACGGCCGCCGCCUUUGGACAGCCCUUUCACCCGCUGGCCCCGCGGCAGCCUCUGCCAGCGGCCGUUGCCUUCGGCCGGUCACACCUCCACCCGUACCAGCAUGUGGCCGAUCGCACACAAUCAGCUCCGGCCCCGCUGGUCCCUGACGCCGGCGGCAAUCCGCUGACCAGUGCUGUGCAUGGCACAUAUCCCCGCCCGGCUGCCAGUGCCUUCGCCGAGGUGCCGGUCUCUGUGACGGCACCCCUGCUGGCCCCGGGUUCGCUGCGUCCCGGGGAGAACCCGCUGCUUGAGCAGAUUGCCCCGGCGGCUGAGCCUCCCUCGCCGCUGGGCGACUCGGACUCCGAGUACCUUGGCUCCUCGGUGGACACGCCGUCCCGGCGAUCGACAACCGGCGGCCCGGCCACGCCACAGACCGUUCGCCGGCCGCGGGCCGCGCAAUUCCCCACCGAUGAGUCGCGCAUCUUCUUCCCCGGAUCCUACUCCACUUACCCGGUGGGAAACCUCCUCUUUUUCGGCGACGACGAGGAGGACGCUGCGCCGGGUGCUGAGCCGGAGUCGGGUCCGGCUCCCACUCGGGUGGCCGACUCGCCGGCACUGCUGGCCCGCCGGCCCCCGGCCACCCUUGCCACCACUGCCGGUGCACCUGGCGGCAGCAAAUGCGACGUCUGUGACUCGCUGGAGGACUACAUCCGGCAGAUGGAGAAGGCCGCCCGAUCCAUGGCGCAUAACAGCAUCCAAUAUGAGGCCAAGAUCAUGAGCUGCCAUCGGUACUACCAGGCCAAGAUCGCCAGCGUUUCCCAAGCUCGUGGUCACAUGGUUCCCGGUGAUGCUAGCCAGGAAACGCUGUCUCUCCUGUCGGCCAAGGCCCUUGGGAGUCUGCAUAACAUCCUGAAUAGCCUAUCGCUCCAGAUCGAUGCGGCUCUGUCGACACAGGGGCUGCUGCUUCCCCGGGCUCCGGGAGGGGCUGGUACGGGCGAAUUGGCGACCGCCCAUGCCAAGGCCCGGGCCGUCUACCGGGAGAGCGCACUGGUGUUCAGUGACCUGCUGAAGGAGCACCCAUUGACCGAGGCACACUUGACCUCGCUGACUCUGGAGCAGGGGUGUCAGAUCUUGGAAAGUCACAUUCACUUCGCCCACAACCUGGUGUCCAUUGCCCUGGACUCGGGCCCGAUUGGCUCCUUCCUCGGUCGAGGCGUGGCCCUACUCAAGCACUUGGCCCAGCAGAUGACCAUGUUCCGGGUGGCCGCCCAGCGGGAAUCCCUCACUGAGGAGAGUAUCCGCCGGAAACUGGAUGACCAGUACCUUGCGGCGCUGCGGAAGUCCGAUCAGGAGCGAGACAUCGCGAAACGCCUGCUCGAGGAAGCGGCUCGGCGACAGACACGCUCGGAUUACGAGCUGGCCGGGGCCAAUUCCAAAAUUGCCGCACUGGAGGAGUUGCUUGCGACAGAGCGAGCGCGUGUGGCCGACCUCGAGGCAGCCAAUGCUGCUCUGAAGGACCAAGUCCAGCAACUGGAGGAUCAGCGGCUGAUUGAUCAGGCCCGCGCGCGCGAGCAAGAGUCCAAGCAGCAAGCUCGUGCUCGGGAAUUGGCCGAGCAGCUGACACUCGAGCGGGCGCGCGCCAGCGAACGGGAAACGGUCCUGAACAAGCGCAUGCGCGAUCUGGCCGCCGAGGUGGCUGCCUUGGAGUCCGAGAAGGCCCAGGUCGUGGCCGAGGCGGAGGCAGGGCUCCGCCAGAGCGAGGCCCAAUCGGCGGCGGAUCUGGCGGAUCUGCGGGCAUCCAUUCGACAGCUUCGUGGCAAGCUGCAGGUGGCCGACGAGCGGAAUGCGCAGGGCCGCGCCGAUACGGAGCAUCUUCGGCUGCAAAAUGCCCAACUUGAGCGCCAACUGACGGAAAGCAUGGCGGAACUGCGCCAGGACAACCACCAGUUGGGGGAGUCUCUGCGUGCGAUGGAAGCCGAGCUGGUGGAUGCGCGCGAGAGCGCCACGCGCGCUGAUGGUCAAUACCGCCAGUUGCGCGAUGAGCACCGGCGCCUGGCGGACUCCUAUGAUGAGCUGGCCCGGUCGCGGGAUGCUCUCCAGGAGACCCUGUCCCGGCGGGUGAGCAGUCUCUCCGUGCGACAGGCAUCGGCUCACGAAUCGGAGGAAGACCCUGAGGGGGAGUCCUGGCUAGCGGGCACCGGUGGGUCCCGGCGCGCAGGAACCCCCUCAACCGGGGCUCUGAGUUUGGAGGACUUGCUGGGACAUGCCCCUGCUGUGGGGUCGGCCGCGGAGGCUGGGGCGUUGGGCGAGGCGCCUCCUCGACGCCGCAUGGGCGCCGCCCCAAGCAGCGACAUGAUCGACUCCGAUCGCACUCCCCCUCUGGAGGGUCGUGACAACCCCGCCGGCACUGGCUGGGGGAUCUAUGCGUACUUGAGUAAAAUUGGCCUGAGUGAGUCUUUCCCCCCGCCGGACAAGGCCCUCGAUGUGUCGGUCUUUCAGGAGGACUCCGACGGAUCGCGCUCCCCGCUGGCGUGCGAUUCAGCCCCGACUAGGCCACGGAUGAGCCCGCAACCACCGGGCUGGUCAACUGCGCCUGCCUCUGGAGGGCAAUCCGGAAGCCACGUCUCGACGCCGGAGCUCCUCCGGUAGAGUUCAGACAGGGGGUAGGUGCUGCCAGUGGUGUCCUGUCUUUUUUCCUUUCUCCUUGAAUACACCUCCACAAUCAUCCACA